AUGGCGGCCGCCGGCGCGGCGUUCUCCAUCCGGGAGUACGCGGCGCGGGCGCGGGCGGAGGGUGGCGGGAGCUGGCCCUUCGGCGGGGACGCGGGGCCGCUGCCGCCGGUGGAGGUGCGGCGGUUCCUGUGGUGGCAGGACGAGGCGGCGGCGGUGGAGGAGGAGGAGGAGGUCGAGGUGGAGAGGAGGAUGGCGGCCAAACGCCGCAAGCGCUCCGUCGCCGAGCUCUUCGCCGCCGUGCCGCAGGUGCCCCGAGGCGGCGGCCAGCAGGGGUCUGGGAAGGGGAAGAAGGCUGCCAAGAGGAAGGCGGACAAGGACAAGGGAAAGCUAGUGCUCGCUGUCAGUGUUAAGACCAAGAAGAAGAGAAAGGUUCCGGCCGUGAUCGAUGUGAGAGAAAAGGAGAAAAACAGCGGGGUAAAGGUCACCUCAAUUAGCAUUUCUAAGUCAGUUCAGCAUUCCAUAAAAAAGAGGGAGCCCAAGAAUUCUUCUUCCAAGAAAAAGGAAAAGCAAGAGGUCUCAGUCUUACUGGACAAGAAAAGUAAGAAGGGAAACAGAAAGUCAGUUAUGGAAAGACACACAAAGGAUAUGACAAACAGUGUUCAAGCUCAAAGCAUUUGUAAGAACCAGUCAAAAGCAGGUUUUAGCACAGUACUGAAUACCACAGAUAUGAGGUGUAAAUCGCAUUCUUCUUGCAAAUCAAAGCAUGUUACCUUUUCUGAUGGCACUGUCAAAUUUAGAAGGACUGCACAUCUACCUGAAGAUAAUACAAAGCAACCACAAUCUGUACAGACAUUCCAGCAACCCACUCAGGAAGGUUGUGAUCACCGCAAUACAGAUGAGCAACAGUUGGUUUAUCAACAAUCAGAAGCUAUAUCAGGGGCUGUUGAGAGUACCAGUUCUUUAUCUGAAAAUUUAGUACCAGUUGGUGUUUGCCGUACAAUCCCACUUACCAAACCAAAAGAUAUCACUGUACUGGGCAAUUCAGUGGAUCUGAACCACUGCAUAGAAACUUCUCAUGGCAGUAACUGUUUGAAUUCCGCAAGUUUGGCAUGCUUAUCUAGUAAGGUGCCUUGUCAAAGCUUCAAAGGUGUGGACUCUCAUCUGAAUGGUGACAAUAGCUUAAGUCUUGAUGUUGAGUGCCUUGGAGAACAGAACCAUAUGACUUCACAAGCAUCAUUUAAUCAUGUUAGUUUGGCAGCCAAGGCAAUAUCAGGUGAUAGGAGCCCAUUGUCACAGCCUUCUGGUUCUUGUUUAUAUGAUAGGAGCAGAAGCACAUUCCAGGAGAGGGCAGUUGCCUUCGGCAAAGUUAGUUCUGAGCUUCUUAGAUCUGGUAACAUGGUGAGAAGCAUAAGCUCCUCAACAGGAUCAAAUAAACCAGCACAAGCCGCUGAUUGUAUAUCUGCAUGCAGGAACAAUCACAACUGUGAUGACUAUGUCGGCCUUCCUAUUAAUUCACGAGGUGAAUUCGUCAAGGUUCAUCCUGGUGGCACCCCUAAUUCUGUUGACAUUUUUAGGAGGCAGUGUUUGGGGGAGAAUUCCUCAUGUCCCUCAGCUUCUCCAACCGUUUUCAGUUCUAUUACCUGCACGGAUCAUGUCAAUUUGAGACCCAGCUAUCAUGCUCGACAAAUUUGUGCAAUUGAUCAGUCUGUUUUUCAUGCAGAACCUCGUUUUACUCCAACAGCCCCAAUGGCAUAUGGGACGGAUGUCAGGCAGUUGCCAAGUUCUGAAAGAACAAAAAUUCAUUACUACACAAUUCCGAGCAACAAGUAUCCAUGCGCCAAACAGCAAGAGCUUUCAAUGGAAUGCUUUUGCUCUGAAUGUUUGGGGCAUCAUAAUCCACAGCAGAAGCUACUUGGGAUGCGAAACCACUAUCUAAGCCAGAACUUUGGGCAGGACACCCAACACAAUGCCGAAACAACAGUGCGCCUUAUGGGAAAAACAGUUACACUUGGGACCAGCAGCAUACAGUGUACACGUCUGAAUAAUGAAACUCCAUGUUCCAGUAAACAAAGUCAAGCUGAAGAUCAGUUCUUCCAGGGAACACGUACAAAAGUUUUUCCAGAAUUGUUUCAUGGAGGACUGGUAUAUCCCCCAUCUGCAUGUAGGAUUCCGGAUGGAGAGAGACAACCAUCUGGAAACCCAUCACAUUUUUCUUUUGUUCCAGCAGCUGUACGGGCUUUUGUGCCUGGUACCAGUGGUUUCAGAACAAAUGGUCACAGUCAGCAACCUGAACUAGCAACAGCCAAUAAUCGCUAUGUUCAGCCAGUGAACUGGCGCAACGAAAGUGAGCUAGGGAAUCAGCAGCCAGUUAUGGCAAAUCAAGUUCAGAGUAACACCAAAGACAUGCUGUUGGGUUCUAUACACUGCAGACACACUCAAACUGUUGCGCCAGAGUCAUCUUUCAAUACAAGGAGCAGUGCCAGAAACUUCAUGGAAAAAGGACCAGCGUCGUACCAGUCCAGUUAUCUUACGCAACAACAGUUCAGCAACAUGGCACCGAGAACCGCGGCAUCCUCUUUUGCGUCAGGCUAUGCUGUUCAGAAAACCCCAGGUCUAACAACUCAUACAAAAUUCACGUCGCUCCGACCAUUGCCCCCUUCGGUCAUCCCUUCCCAUGUUUACAGCACUGAGUAUGCACCACCGCCCCAUGGAUCUGUUACUACCUUUCACCCAUCAGUUCCCAUACCGUAUCCACCGAGCAAUUCUAGUGCUCCUGGCGACGCAAUAUUUGGAAUUGAGAGCAUGAGGUGGACUAUGAUGGGAUCAAGGCCUGAAGGCUUGGAACAUUUGAGGAACAGCAAAAGACCAGCAGAAAAGGAUGAUGUGCCCCUGACGUUACCAAAGAAACCUUGCACCGUCGCACAGAAGGGGUUACAUAUGUUGCCGUUUGCAGAAACGGGUUUGGAGUUCCGGGGAUCCAGUCCAGAUGUGCAGCCACAGCCACAGCCUAUCUGUCUGGACGACGAAGGUGAAGCUGAUCUUUGA